AAACAUAUUAGCAAAUAUGUUUAACAAACAACCUAUCAGGAGGUAUAAAUUACUGCACUUUAAAGAAGCCAUAUCGACAUGCUGAAGAGGAAAACAGUCUCCUAACGUUCUGCAGAAACACUAUACCUCUACCAGAAAGAUGAAAGUUCUACUUAACUUGUCAUUACUUAUUACUUUGGUACUUGCCUCAGACCAUGACGCAUCACAUGAGGUAAAAAAAGACCACAAAGAUGAUCAUGAAGUAGAACAAAUUAAAAAAUCUGUAGAACAAAUUGCACCGGCAAAUAUGGAAUUUUCUAUUGAUCUGUACAAACACGUCGCUUCCAGUUUAGAAAAGUCAUCACCAAGCAACAUAUUCUUCUCCCCUUUGAGCAUUUCAACAGCCUUUGCUAUGUUGUCCUUAGGUGCAAAAUCAAAAACUCACAAACAGAUUCUUGAAAGCCUAAAAUUAAAUCAAACAACCAUUUCAGAAGAAGAAAUAUAUAAAGCAUUUGGUCAUCUUAUCAGGACACUGAAUAAAAAUAAGAGUCAUUUGAAAGUAAACAUUGGGAAUGCGGUCUUUGUACAGGAAAGUCUAAACCUCGUAAAGAGUUUUGUGGAUGAUUUGAAGCAUCACUAUAAUGCAGAGCUUCGUGUGUCUGAUUUCACAAAGCCAAAGAUUGCAGAACAACAAAUUAAUGAUUAUGUGAAGAAUAAAACAGAAGGGAAAAUUGAUCAACUUCUCAAAGACCUUGACCCAAAUACUCAGUUGGUCCUUCUGAACUACAUCCUAUUCAAAGGAGAAUGGGUACAUACUUUCAACCCUGAGUCCACACAUUUGGGUAAUUUCAUUGUGGAUGAUAAUACUACCGUUCAUGUUCCAAUGAUGUCUCGUAGUGGAAGAUAUAAGAUUUUCCAAGAUGAAGAGCAUUCAUGUGUUGUAGUUCAACUGCCCUACAAGGAUAAUGCAUAUAUGCUUCUCGUUAUACCACAACUGGGAAAAAUCCAUGACAUAGAAAAAGCAUUAUCUGUUGAAAAAAUUACAAAAUGGACAAAUUCAACAGUUUACAGAACCAUGCGUCUUUAUUUGCCCAAGUUUUCAAUCAGUGCUUCCCUUAAUCUGAAUGACAUCCUCAGUGGAAUGGGAAUGAAAAAUGUUUUCAGUGCUUCUGCAGAUUUAUCCGGAAUUACUGAAGGUGGUGGAUUGAAGGUGUCCAAGGCUAUCCACAAGGCCGUGUUAGAUGUUAACGAAAAAGGGACAGAAGCAGCUGCUGCCACAGCUAUUGAAAUGACACGGUUAGCCUCCUUCGAAUCUGAGAGAGUUGAUAGACCUUUUCUCCUGUUAAUCUGUAACCAAGACACUAACAGCAUCCUCUUCAUGGGAAGAGUUGUCGAUCCAACAGAAAAAUAACCAGUAACAAUAUAUGCUUAACGUGUGCUUGUGACAGAGGUUUAUUGAUCGUAAUUAUCAUUUAUGUAUUUUUUUUUUUAAUUAAAACAUCUCUGUAAACUGA